UAUAUAUCAAGAAGAGUCUGAAUAAGAACAGAACAUGGGGCAAUUAUAUACAUAUAUAUCUAUAUGAUAUAAUAUAUAUAUAUAUAUGCAUGUACCCGACUAUUGCAGUGUCCCCUGUACUCUUUUAUCUUCCCCCCUCACCCAUGGUAACAAGAACAGAAAGCUGAGUCUGUGACGUACAUUCUGCCCGCACCCGCUUUUUCUCACCGAAACCUUUCACCCCACCGCGCACAAGCUAUCUUCAUGAUUUCAUCUCCUCUUUCACCCUUCCUGUCUCUCUUAUUUUAACCUCUGUAGUACCCCAGGUCGUUGUGCCAAGCUCAUUCGAUUGGGCUGUCUGUUUUCGUCCUGGAGACCUGUUUACCGAUUCCGUCACCGUCGUGAUGGCUACAUCAACCCAAGCGUCCACGGAGCCUGUCAAGCGACGCCGAAUUGGUGUCUUGACCUCCGGAGGAGAUGCCCCUGGAAUGAAUGGCGCUGUUCGAGCGGUGGUUCGCAUGGCUCUCCACUCUGAUUGCGAAGCUUUCGCCAUCUACGAGGGGUAUGAAGGUUUGGUCAAUGGGGGGGAUAUGAUCCGACAAUUGCACUGGGAGGAUGUCCGUGGAUGGCUUUCUCGCGGUGGUACCUUGAUUGGAUCCGCUCGCUGCAUGACUUUCCGGGAGAGAUCCGGGCGUCUUCGUGCGGCUAAGAACAUGGUACUCCGUGGGAUUGAUGCACUGGUUGUCUGCGGUGGUGAUGGUAGCUUGACUGGUGCUGAUAUCUUCCGCUCCGAAUGGCCUGGCCUGCUGGAAGAAUUGGUUAAGACCGCGGAAUUGACCGAGGAGCAGAUCGAACCCUACAAAGUAUUGAACAUUGUCGGAUUGGUUGGAUCGAUUGAUAACGACAUGUCUGGCACAGACGCUACAAUUGGUUGCUAUUCGUCCCUUACGCGCAUUUGUGAUGCGGUUGACGACGUCUUUGAUACUGCGUUUUCCCACCAGAGAGGUUUCGUUAUCGAGGUCAUGGGACGACACUGUGGUUGGCUGGCCUUGAUGGCUGCUAUCAGCACUGGUGCGGAUUGGCUGUUCAUUCCCGAAAUGCCACCUCGGGACGGUUGGGAGGAUGACAUGUGCUCAAUCAUUACAAAGAACCGCCACGAACGAGGCAAACGCAGAACGAUCGUUAUCGUCGCAGAGGGGGCACAGGAUAGGGAACUCAACAAGAUCUCAAGUUCCAAGGUCAAGGAUAUUCUCACUCAACGCCUGGGUCUGGAUACCCGUGUUACUGUAUUGGGGCACACGCAGAGAGGAGGCCCCGCAUGCGCCUACGAUCGGUGGUUGUCGACUUUGCAGGGUGUAGAGGCCGUGCGGGCUGUGUUGGACAUGAAGCCAGAUUCCCCUUCUCCAGUCAUCACAAUUCGUGAGAACAAGAUUAUGCGCACUCCGCUAAUGGAGGCUGUGAAAGCUACGCAAGCGGUCACUAAGCAUAUCCAAAACAAGGACUUCGCCACUGCGAUGACCUUGCGCGAUUCCGAAUUCAAAGAAUAUCAUUACGCCUAUCUUAAUACUGCUACACCUGUCCACCCAAAAUUGGUUCUUCCGGCAGAAAAGCGAAUGCGAAUUGCAAUUGUCCACGUCGGUGCGCCCGCUGGUGGCAUGAACCAGGCUACACGCGCCGCUGUGGCAUACUGCUUAACGCGCGGACAUACCCCACUGGCCAUCCAUAAUGGAUUCCCUGGCCUUAUUCGACACCACGCUGAUGAACCCCUUGGGUCAGUGCGAGAGGUUCGAUGGAUCGAGACAGACGCGUGGGUGAACGAAGGUGGUUCCGACAUCGGCACCAACCGAGGCCUGCCCUCAGAAGAUAUCGAGAAGACUGCCAAGUGUUUCGAAAAGCACCAGUUUGACGCCUUGUUCGUCGUUGGUGGAUUUGAGGCAUUUACAGCUGUGAGCCAGCUCCGUCAAGCUCGGGACAAAUAUGAUGCAUUUAAGAUUCCGAUGACUGUAUUGCCCGCCACGAUUUCAAACAACGUCCCAGGAACUGAGUACUCUCUUGGCAGCGAUACCUGCCUCAACGCACUUAUUGAGUUCUGUGACUGCAUUCGCCAAUCCGCAUCCUCCUCCCGCCGUCGUGUGUUCGUUAUCGAGACACAGGGUGGCAAGUCUGGCUACAUUGCAACCACAGCUGGCCUCGCAGUGGGAGCUGUCGCAGUAUACAUACCCGAAGAAGGAAUUGAUAUUAAGAUGCUGGCCCGCGACAUCGACUUUCUGCGAGAAAACUUUGCUCGCGACAAAGGCGCCAACCGUGCUGGAAAGAUUAUUAUGCGGAACGAGACUGCCUCCAGUACAUACACCACCCAGGUCAUCGCAGAUAUGAUUAAGGAGGAAGCCAAGGGUCGCUUUGAGUCCCGCGCGGCUGUUCCGGGCCAUUUCCAGCAGGGAGGCAAGCCAUCGCCCAUGGACCGCAUUCGUGCUCUGCGGAUGGCGAUUAAAUGUUUGAUGCACAUGGAAAGCUACGCCGGCAGAUCCAAGGAUGAGAUCGCGCAGGAUGAAAUGUCCGCCUCGGUGAUCGGAAUCAAGGGCUCCCAUGUCCUGUUCUCGGCCAUGGGGGGUGAAUCCGGCCUAGAGGCCAACGAGACGGACUGGGCUCGACGUCGUCCGAAGACCGAGUUUUGGCUUCAGCUCCAGGACACAGUAGACAUACUCUCUGGCCGCUCGAGUGCAAAGGCCACGUGGACCUGUUAUGAUGAUGUUUGAGGUAGCGAUGAAAUGAAGGGAUUGCUUGCUUGCCCUAUAUUCCCGCGAGAUUAAUUCGAAAUAAAUACAUCCCCAUCUCCGAAGCCUUACCCUACUACCACUGUACUUCUUCUCCGAGUAGCUAAGUCGGCCUGGAAGGAAUACUUCACAGUAUAUAUCAUGGAACGAGAGAGACCCUCGAUGCACCUGUCUUUAACAUACAGAGAGCAGACUCAGUUAGAUGUUUGGCAUUAGAAAUAUAUCUGACACAUGUAAAACUCCAACGCUAAACCAUACCAACACCAUCAUUCCUGGAAUUAUUCCCGAGGUAUCCAAGAUAUAAGUCCAC